AUGCAGUUGCCUGGGCACACCAUUGGUGGUGUAUUCGCCUUAUUCUUCUGCGCCGUUCGACUCGCCUCAGCUGCGGCGCCGACGUGCACAAAGGUGCUUACCUGUGACGUGAAGGGAGAUGACUCGCCCGAGGCUGGGCUGCGACAGGUGGAUGAACAUGCGCUGCGGUCGAUGUACUGCGCCAUGGGCUGCGACUAUGCGGUGAAUCAUGCGAUACCGCAUGCCUUUUCGACGUACAUCAAGCCGGUUUGCUCGGUCGAGAAGGAGGAGAACCAGAUCGAGUUCAAGAAGUACGAAAAGGACGGCAAGGACAGCAGAAGGCGCCGGAGUCUGCGCUGGGAACGCGGUCAAAGCGAGUCGGAAAGAUCACGGCGAGAUAUCGACGCCUACACAGUUGGUAGCGCGCAGAUCAAGUUUUGCUGCACCGACCAGAGCGGAAUGGACUACACCGAGGCGGCGGCCAAGCGAAUUGGUCUCGAGCUUUCGAUCUGCAAGGGUCACGCAAAGGAGUAA